AUGAAAUGGUGGACUUCUUUAGAAGGGGAAAGGAAGAAGCUUCUUGCUUUGAAAUUGGAUUUCCAAAAGGCAUUCGAUAGCCUCAAUUGGGACUUCUUACUAAAUACUAUGAAACAUAUGAGUUUUGGAGAAAAAUGGUGUAAAUGGAUCCAAGUGUGCUUGAGAUCUGCAUCCAUCUUUAUGCUUGUCAAUGGCUCUCCAACUGAGGAAUUCCAAAUGUCGAGGGGAGUUCGACAAGCAUUUCUUUUUAUAAUUGCAGCGGAAGGUCUAAGUGUGGCUAUGAAAGUAGCAACAAGUAGAAGGACAUUUGAAGGGGUGAAGGUUGAUAAAGAUCAAAUUGAAGUAUCUCAUCUACAGUAUGUCGACGACAUUGUUUUCUUUGGGGAAUGGUCGAGAACCAACGAUAGAAACUUACUUGGUAUCCUCAACUGUUUCCAAUAG